CGCUAGUAUCUCUCUUGUAUCACAUCUGGCAUCUAGCUUGAACCGUGCGAGGAUAACGAAAAUGACGACUCCGCUCCAGAAUUUCGACCCAGACUCUCCUCUGCUCGUCGUCCAGGGUACCUUGACGCUGGCUGUCCUAGGUUCUGCGACGGGCGCCACUCUGGCAGCGUUUAAAGCCCAGAACCCGUUCGCCUUGGGUAUGAACAUGGGUCUGAACGGAUCCAUCGCCGGUCUAACCUUUUUCGCGAUCAGGGAAUACCUCGUAUCCCCUCUACUCCUGGCGACCCUCUCCCAGGCUGUCCCUUCAUACAACACCCGUUCACUGGCUUUGCAUCAGCUGCACCAUGAUCAAACUCAGAAUCAGGCGACGUCAUCAUCCACAUCACCUCCCAAUAUCCGUGCCAUCCCAUCUCACCACACCCAUAACGCCAUAGACUCGAGCUCGGAGUUGGAGACGAGCCCGGACUUGAACCUGGGGGUACAUGAUGAGAAGACGGCGAUAUCGAGAGUGAGGAACGAUAGGGUGUUGGAUUCCGCCUUGGCGGGCGCGUUGACGGGAGGGGGGAUCAGUUGGACGUUCCGAGGAAGACGGACCUUUCCCCGAGCGGCGCUCACUUCUGGUCUGAUCACCGCCCUAGGGCAAUAUAUGGUCAACAACGUCCGUGUGGCGAGGUUGGAGGUCUUGGCUAGACGUUCUGAGAAGAAGCGGGAAGCCGAGCAAGAAGCCGUUGGGGCUGGGGCUGGGAACAUUGAUAAUGGUGGGGUGAUACCGGUUUCCUCUUCAACAACACCAAGUACAUCAACAACAUUGACACCAACGCAAGACUUCCCCACCUUGUCCAACCGCCUCGUCGACUUUUUCCGCUCCCUCUCCCCCGUCCGCAAGAUCUCGGACGACGAAUACCUCCAGAUUCUGUACAAACAGCGGGAAGGGAUGCGGGAGGACCUACAGGCUUGGGAAGUGAGGAUGCGGGGAAAGUACGCGCUCGAGGGGAGAGGAGGGAAUUAUUCCACGUCGAACUCGGACUCGAAAUCGGCAGCGAGUACGGGGCAGACGAUCGAUAUCGGCCAGCUGAUGCGACAGUUGGACGGGGUCGAAAGGCGGAUAAGCGCGUUGGAGAGCAAGAUCGCGAAUGAAGGUCCGGAAGCGGCGGCCAAGGUGUGAGGUGCGAUGUGACGCUAUAGAAAAUAGUCGAGGAUGGUCGAAGGGAGGGGAAGUGAUCGAAUAGGGGUUUAUAUCGGCAUUCAGGUCGAUGGUCGUUAAGGCGCAACUCGUUUAGACGCUGGCGGGAACUGCUCAGCAAGGACAUGCACGAGCCUUGUUGUUGAUAUGACUGUCCUCACUGCCCUCUUCUCCUUCCUUUAACACCGCCGUUUAGAUGGAUACAUGUAUGAUCGUGGUUGUUUACUGUUUGGCGUCACGUGACCUCGAUUCGUAACUUCGAUCGACCGGUUGACACCCGUUCUACUUCCCCUUUCAACAUUGCGACGAGUGACACCUAGGUGUGG